GGUUCUUCCCACUCGGACAGCCCUCUUCCCUGAAAGCAGCGCCAGCUUCCGUACUGUUUCUCCCACCGCAGUCAAAGGAUACACUCGCUAGCCAGCACUAUGUUGUCGCGGUCCAGAUGUGCAUAUCGUGCGCUGGGUCGUCCUCUGUCUGCAGUGAGCCAGGUGGGUUAAUAAUUCACUCAAAGAGAUUAUAUUUUUGCUCUGCACAUCCUCAACUCAUUCAUAUGAGACCCAGCUUCUAGCUCGCAUUGAACACAAGUUAGCUUGUGUAGCAAGGUGUUUCGGCAAGAAGAGCGACCCUGUUGACUCGCGAUUUUCAGCCGUCUGUCGUUGUAGCCACAGACGUUGUUGUAACACAAAAGCCCGUCUUAGAGUGUCCAAUAAUUUCUUUUAUGGUGGUUAUACCAGGAUUUACUGAUAGGAUAUAUCCUAUAUCAAAAAUGUAAGAAGCAAACGCAAUAACGUCUUCAACCGCUGUCCUACGGCUGUCACUAGAAUCCGUUCGAAAGUCGCCACUUAUGUGGGUAACUUUUACAGCCAUAACACGGGCCUCGCCUACCAAGGAAGGACAGUAAGCUCAAGAGGCAGCAAAUACGCUCAAGUUUAACGAAAGGCUUCAAUGUCUUAUCAGCUGUUUAGUUGUGAAAGAGAAAAGUGUCAUUUGACGGUUUAAACAGCGAGUCAUUGAUAAUUAUGGGUCAAAGAAAUUGGUACGUUUGUCCCACCGAAGUUACGCGUUUUUCAAACCAUUAUCUUUACCUUGGAAGCAGUCUGUACAUGCUUUAGAAUUUAUGCCAACUUGUGCUUUUAGUGAAGGAGUGCGCGGUGGGUCAGACAUAUGUGUUGUUAGGAUAGCAUAUCUUUGCUCACAUAUGUUGAUCUGUCGGAAAGCAGCAGGCACUGAGGCUGAAACAUUAUUCUGACUGCACGCUGGGUGUUAAAAUGCACCCCUCUCACUAAAGACCUGCCACUAGGUGAAUGACUGUACAGGUGUCUUGAAAGUUGCUCUUUGUGAUCAGUUUAGCUUAUGUGCUGAGUUAAGAAAACAAAGUCCAGCAUACUUUUGUAGGUGUGAAGGAUUCUGGAUGAUCAUCAUAACCACUGCCUCACUGAAACAGCUUCAAUCAUGGUAGCAUUACUCUGCAUUAGAUUAAUCAAGUUUUUGAAUAAAGUGUGUAUGACCAAGUAAUCUGAUUGGAGAAGGGGCUGUCCUUUAGUGCUGAUACAGAGUACAACAUUAAAGGAACUUAAAACCAAAUUCUAUAUAUCUCUCUGCUUCAGAUUUUCCUAAUACUGUAAAUUAAUGUUUAAGCAAACUGUUUUGUUUUGUUUGUUUGUGGUCAGAAGUUUUCUGCAUUUUACAUCAAAACCUUGAGAGAAAGUAUGAUAAAAACUCCAGUAAAGUGUUGGCUGCCUGCCUGAUCAUACACUGAUCGUCCUGAUUUGACUCAGUCAGUGUCUCACAGCUCCACCCUCCUCUGGCAUCCUGCACCAGUGGGAUUUUUGUGAGAGAUCACAACUUACUUCAUGAGCUUCUAAACCAGAGGCCUUGCCCUCAAAAAAAAAAACACACACAUGACUCAUAACAGGCAGCAAUGCAGCACAGAUGGAGCAGCUUGAUUUUGUCAGCAUUAGAAAAUCCAGCGGUGUGACUCUGGUGAUAUUCUUAAAAACAGAUCACUCUUUUUCAGCCAAACAGAAAAAAAAAAACUCUCCUGUAAGAGUUUUCUUGUUUUGCAUCACGUCAACUAAAUAUUUUUAGGUUUUUGGCCUUUGGUGUUGCAAAAAAAAAAAACACAACAAAAAAUGGCAGCAUUGAGAGCACAUUUUUGUUUUUUUUCUUGAUCACAGAAAAUCAAGAAAAACUUUCACAGAUAACAAACUAUAUAUAAAAUUAUCAUUUAUUGAAGCCACUGACGCUUCAUGAAUAGUACUUGGAUUUUUUUUAAUCUGAGGAAAAAACUAAAAGUAUUCUUUUCCCUGUUUGCCCACACUAUCUGUCUUCUCAGGCAAAUAAUGUGCUGAUACGACAGAGUGCAUCAAGUAAGUGUCAUAUAUUUGAAUUGUCUUUUGAGUUCCUCAUUAAAAAAAUGUGAUGUCUAAUUUCUCAAUGUCUGGUUAAAUGUUAUCACCUAUGUACUAUAAAGCUCUUUGAUUGGAUCAUUGGAAGUUUUUGUGAUACCAUUAAAAUGUCGGAGAUGAUGUAGUAAUAAGGGUAGUUGUAUCUGUAUUUUGUGUAAAUUUUAAUCAAAAAAUUUGUGUAAAUGAUAAAUUGGUAGGUCACCUUGUGUUACUCAUGACCUGCGUAAACCAUAACUCAAAAACGGUAUUAAAGUCAAUUUUAUGGCAGGCAAAAAUCAAGAUACCUGAUUUGUGGUCAAAAUGCAACAGUAACAAAGAUAAGUAGUCUAGAAAGAGGUUAAAAGAAAACCUGUGAAAUACAAUUUGAACUGAGGAAAAUGAAGGUGGCACAGCAACUUAUUGUGCCUCUAUGUGAACAUACAUUUCUACCAUAUAUUUUGUUUUGGUUUGGAGGUAGAUGGCUAAAAGAGAUAUUUCAAAGGGGUACGCUAUCCUCAGAGGUUCAAGAAUCACCGCUAUAGGGGAACACUACACCCACUCUCAUACCAGAGUCACAGGUGAAACGCCACACCUCAUGUUCUUUCUCUUUGUGAAUCUCAAGGCCCCUCUGUCUGCAGCCGACCACUUUACAGGAAAUCUCAGCUGUAAGUGCUCUCUCCACUCUGUUGCGUGUUUCACCAUUUCCAUCCCUUUUUUUUUUCAUUCUUCUUUUCAUUCUAUACUGUUAGCCGAGUCAUUUACUUUAGGGGAAUGUUUCGACUCAGAAGGACUUGAUGUGGUGUAAAGUUGACAUAUGAAGAAUUUAAUGAGGGUAUGCAUUUAUAGUUAAUUUGACGUUGUGAGAAACUCCAACAUUUCUCUAAAAAUAAGAAAAAACUUUUUGUUUUCUCAAUCUAUAGAUGGGAAUUUCCAUCAUCAGCAAAAUGCAUCAGAUAUUUCAAGUCAUCUGCUGUUCACAGUAUGUAAUUCAGCAAUUCCCCAAGUUCAGUAUUCACAUUGUUUCUGAUGGGUUUUGCUAACUGUUAUUUUUUUUUUUUACCAGGGGAUGAGGUAGUCGUAGUGAAAACUCCUGCUUUUGCGGAGUCUGUUACAGAGGGAGACGUGAGGUGGGAGAAAGGUGGGUCAAAUAUUCUCAGUGUUUGAGAACGGUCAGAAAUUAUGUUACCAAUAGACCAGAUGUUGAAUCAGACUCUCUUUCGUUCUCUAUAUUGUAGCUGUGGGUGACUCAGUGACUGAAGAUGAAGUGGUUUGUGAAAUUGAGACUGAUAAGGUAUGAAGGGGGAUCAUCAUCAAACUAAACCUAUGUGUACAUUUUUUUUUCUUUUCAUUUUAUUUAAAAUGUGUAUAUCUGUAUUUGAUUCUUCCAGACCUCUGUACAAGUCCCAGCCCCAGCAGCUGGUGUCAUUGAGGAGCUGCUGAUACCUGAUGGAGGGAAGGUAGAAGGAGGGACACCACUCUUUAAACUCCGGAAAGGAGGUGAGCCUCUCUUUCAUGCUACUAUUGCUACUAUUUCAUCUUCAAAGGAGACAAACUUUUGGGUUUACUAUCAUCAAGAGUCGGUCAAAUGACUUUGAACAGUUAAUGGUUGAUACUUUACUGUCGUGGGGAGACAUUGUCUUGACCCAGAACAAAGUCUUUCAAAUUCAGAAAACAGCUUCUUGCAAAAACUAAAAAAAAAAAAAUGGCCAUGUUUUUAUAAAGAGAAAACAUUGUAUGCGUUUUUCCUGUGCCUGACGCUUCAGUCCCAAUUCAGCUGUUCUUGUGUUUUAAGUCAAAUAAAUUCAAAUCACAUUGUUGCUGAGUACCUACUCUAUUUGCAUGAAAUUAAUGAUUGGCAGCACUCAAACGUGCUCUGUGAAUCAUGAGACCCAAGCUAUAUUUUUGAACUGUUUCUUUAACACACCCUCUCUGCUGCUGCCAAAGCUGCCCCCUCACCAGCUGCAGAGGCUCCAGCUGCAGCCCCUCCGCCUCCAUCAACACCGGUACCACCAUCACCAACUCCUCCGACUUCAGCCUCUGCUGCCAUACCUCCAGUGCCACCACAGGCUGCCCCCGCCAGGCCUGGUAUGUUGCCUUCUCCACCCAAAAACAUUUUUAUGUUCAUGCUGUAUGUAUUCAAGUAGAACUCCUGCACUGCCUUGACCUCUGACGUCACAUUUUGUCUUUUUAAGUGUCCGCUGUCAAGCCAACUGCUGCACCUCCUGAACUAUCACCUUCGACAACAGGAGCCAGAGGAGAAAAGAGGGUAACACACAGGCUCGUGGAAAAUGAUCAUGUUUUAUCCAUCUUUUUUCUUUAUUUCAUUGCAUAAAUGUUGUAAAUAACUGUUUGAUCAUGACCUUCCAAAAAUAUCAGUCUGAUAGGGGGUACUUUACUUAUUCCUCCCUGUUCAGGUGAAGAUGAACCGCAUGAGGUUGAGGAUCGCCCAGAGGCUAAAGGAGGCUCAGAGCACCUGUGCUAUGUUGACCACCUUCAACGAGGUGGACAUGAGGUGAGCCACAGGAGCUCCCUGAAAGAUUAGUAUCUGCUUAAACCAUAGGGAGGUAGGACGAACUGUAUUUUAACAAACUGUCUAAUAUGUCAUGAACUUGGAUCCAGUAACAUCCAGCAAAUGAGGACCAUCUAUAAGGACGCUUUCUUAAAGAAGCACGGCGUCAAGCUGGGUUUCAUGUCGGCAUUUGUAAAGGCGGCAGCACAUGCUCUGACUGACCAACCUGCUGUCAAUGCUGGUGAGACACAAAGACUUGCUUGCUGUUUUUCUCAUUCUGUAAAAAUAAGCCGUCCAUGAGUCUCUAUUCUUUUUUUGUAACAGACCUCUUUGUACUUUUUUUCUAAUACACAAAUGUUUUCCCGCAGUUAUUGAUGAUACAACCAAAGAGAUUGUCUAUAGAGAGUACGUAGACAUCAGUGUUGCUGUGGCAACCCCAAAGGUAAGAUUAUGGCUUUAAAAAGUCUUACAGUUUUACAUGAAUAGGUUUUUGCUGUUAAAGGCUUGGUCAACUGAAAUGUAAUGGGGUAAUGUGUGCUUGUUUCAGGGGCUUGUUGUACCAGUGAUCAGAAAUGUGGAGACCAUGAACUUUACAGACAUUGAAAAAGCCAUAAAUGCAUUAGGAGAAAAGGUAAAACAUGUUUGUUUCAAGAGAUGACUGUCUUCCUAAGAUAAUUGAAUCACUUUUCAAUCUUUCAUUUUGAUCAACUUCAUACUUUGAGGAAAUCAACCAACAUAGAUUUAAUCUUAUCAUGAACUCAAGUGAAGGAUUUUUGUCAUGUACCUCAGGCUCGUAAAAAUGAGCUUGCUGUGGAGGACAUGGAUGGAGGGACGUUCACCAUCAGUAACGGCGGUGUGUUUGGCUCCUUGUUUGGCACUCCCAUCAUCAACCCUCCACAAUCUGCCAUCCUGGGCAUGCAUGGAAUCUUUGACCGACCUGUGGCUGCCAGUGGCAAGGUUAGAAUUCAAUUCUAUUUCUGUGUGUAGAGAGGGAUGCGAGUGUUUCAAACUUGCACAUUACUGGCGCGGGUGUGACAUGAGUAGGUUGAUACCUGAAGAAAUGUGUAAGACAGAGAUGAGGUAUACAAAGUCUACAAGCUACAUGCAUCCACAAUGCUCAGACACACUAGGGAUGGGCGAUAUGGGCUGAAAAAUUUAUCACAAUGAGUUUUGUCAUUCUUGCAAUAAUGGUAAGUCCCGAUAAAAAAAAUAUAAUUUAAAUCUAUGAUUUUUACUAAUUUUAUCUUGAGGACAUCAAUUGGAGUAGUCAUAUACGAUACUCGACCACAAGUUUAAGUAGUCUGUUAUAGAGAAAACUAAUGACAUCAAACACGUCUCAAAUGUGAAAACAUUUUCAACACUUAUUGAAAACUCUUAUUGCACAAAAUGAACAGCAGCAGAUCGACUGUCCGAUGUCAGGCAUACCUGAUUUCACUCAUCUAAGGCCCAAUCUUGAAGGAAACCGUCAUGUGGAGCUUCGUUCAGUAAUGAGCUGCUAAGAGUCUUCUUCAUCACCUUCGGCCAUGUUUGUUUGUUUUUCUGCUCUGUGUGGGCCACGGUAGCAAGUCCGUCUCUUGCGCUUACGCCAUCGGCUUGCAUUUAUCACGUUUAUCGUGAGAUGGCAAAUAUUUAUCGCCCAUCCCUAAGACACACCAAAAUGGAUUUGCUUUGUGCUUCAAAUGUGAAUGUGCGCAAACACUGAAACUACUUUGUGCUCUGGCAGGUUGAAAUCCGGCCCAUGAUGUACGUGGCUCUGACUUACGACCAUAGACUUGUGGAUGGCAGAGAGGCAGUCACUUUCUUACGCAAGAUCAAAGCAGUGGUUGAAGAUCCACGAGUGUUGUUUCUGGACAUGUGAUGUUUCUGUGCACAUAGUACCCUUAUUCAAAGAUACUUCAACAGCAUAAAGUGAAUGCUACAUUACACAAAAUACGCACAAAAGCACCCACACAACCUCGCUUGUUUUUUAAGUGUUCAUUCAGGCUGCAGGUGGAGCUCAGAUAUGAUACAUUAUCACCAGAGUUACUUCACAGGAAUAUGCUGAAAAUGGGCCAUGGCUGAAUCAAAGGGAAUAAAAGGCUAAGAGAGAUUUACAUUUAUGGAUUUACAUUUCACAUCCAAGGUGUAAAAAUACAGGGUCUGUACAGGCUCAAGAUGAUCAAAAUAAGCCAUCCAUAUGGGUGUGUUAUUUCAGGUAGACAUGAAACCCAAGACAGGUAAUCUCUGCACCCCUAAAACAGUUGUGUAUUUAUCAAACAAAACAGCUUUUCCAGGCAGAGGUUGGCUGCUUGACUUUCUCCCCUGCUCAUUAGUCCGUGCUCCUGAGCCACUUUUUCCCCAGCAGCACAGACAUAUUAGUUCAAGAUGUUUUAAUGGUACUACAGGACUUUCAGGGUUCCUUGGUUUGCUGCCAAUCCUUGUCAAUAGAAACAGUCUGGAAAGAUGAAGCCAAAAUCUGCCUGACCAGUUCAGCCAUGUCCCUGCUUCACAUAAUCAUUUAUGUCCUGUCUUUUUGAAAAUUUGAAUCAAGCCACAGUCAGAGUAUCUUCAUCAAACAAACUGUUGUAAGCUUUUAUCAAAACACACAUGCAGUAACUUCACUUGGCAGAAACUAUAAGACAUACGGAAAAUAGUUAUUGUUUUAUUUUUAUUAUUAUUAUUAGUCUAUGCUGUUGCUUUCUGAGAUGUUUUGGGAAUAACAUCCAAAAAAUGCAUAUUUCUGCUCUCUGGGUCUUUCUGUUGAGUUUCUGGGGCUGGAGAACAUUUUCUUGUGCUAUGCCAUGAAAUACUUGAACCUAUUUAAAGAACCAUUUUUAAACAUUAAAUAUCACAAGAGUUUGAUUUACCACCAGUCCUUCACAUUUACUUUGUAGGCCUACAUAACUGCUGUGUGAUUGAUAGUCCAACAGUGAAAAACGUGUCCCUCGGGUAAGGCUCUCAUUUGACCGUUUAAUGUACGUCUCAAACUCUUUCUUGUUUCUUUAUUUGUGGGAAGUCUUCAAUUUUAGAUGACCCUCUGACUGAGACAUGCCUGAAUGCUUUAUCAAGUCUACACAGAAGAAGAAAGGAAGAUAGGGUAAUAAACUACAAGAAAAUGGGGCUUUAAUGUGGAAAUUGCAGGGGUAAUGAAUGAGGCCACCCUUAGAGAAGCUUAUGGGCCCAGAAUUUGUAGUUUCUUACAGUAUGGACACCUGUAUUUAAUGUCAUUUUUUUUUGUAAGUGUAGCGUUCAUUUUUCUUUUUUUUCUUUUGGGGGGGGGGUCUUAAAAACCCAGAUUUUAAGACAUGAACACACACCUUGUUGUUUUUGCAUGUGAAUUUUUAUGCUUCAGUCAAUUUUUCAUCAUUGCAAACUUUUUUUUCUUCAUAGUUCUCACAAAAUUACAGUAGAAAAAGUCCAAUCAGGAGCUUGGAUCUUUUGAAAAGCAAUUGCCAACUUAUUUCUAAGUUGGUUCAACAAAUCAUCAUUCAUUUGUCCACACAGUUAUUGUGGACAAACAUAAGUUUCCAUUGGUGAACCUCUGGUCAUUUGUGUUUAUGUGGAACUGGAAAAGCUAUUUCACUUGGUCCAUAAAAGUAAAAUUUCAUGAAACACAAGGAAAGUAAACUGUGAAGUGCAAGGCUGAGUCAGGGGGCUUCUGGGCGAUUGAACUACUUGGCCAAAGCAUUUUAUCUCGUGCCAGUUUCUUUUUGCCCCUUUAUUUUCUGCUCCCGGUGAAUUUGGAGCCAAAGACCGAUCUUCAAAGCCUCAUUAACCGGCCAACUGCUCUGCUCUUGAGGUUCCAAAUAAUGGGAUCAUCCCUGACAAAGUCUUGAGGGUUGAUCGGUCCUUUCUGCCACUUCACAAACACAGGCUCAAGUGUGUGCAGCUGUGUAUGAUACCCCUUCACUAUUUCUGUUUACUUAAAUAAUCACAGGGGACAAUGGGUCCUAAUGUACGUCUUUGUUUCUCUGCCAGCACCUACACAAAUGUCUGAACAACACUGUUUGGAGGAAAAACAGAGAAUUCAUUAUGAGAACACAGAAAACCCAAAUAUUAGAUUACCAUGAAAAUACUGGAGCUCCUAAUGGGCCUGAAUACAGAAAACAAUAAUACAAGGGUUCCUUUAAUUUAAUUAUUUACUUUUAUGACCGCUCAAGAUUCCAUUAACGUUUUGGAGAUCAUGUUAAUUGGCAGCGUGUGCCAGUGGAUGCAUAGAUAUCUGAAGGGUUUGUUGGCAGGUUUUGGUUUUGUCUUCGAAAUUUGGCCAAAUCUGUGAAUUUCCAAUGGGACUGCUCAAUAAGACGUGGGUUUCAGGUCUUUGUGUUCAUUCAGAUGAAAGAAGGCCCAUUAGAAAUUGGCAGCUAGCUGUUUGUUUUAAUUAAGUAACAUCAGAGGGAUAAUUUACCUAAAUUAUUCUGUUGUUUUUUUCUUUUUUCAACUGAUAAUUAUGUCAUUCAUUUUGAAAACAUCUGUAUUUCAGUUGUCUAGAACUCGUUUUUCAUUUGAUAUUUAAAUUCAGCAACACUUUUAACUGUUAAAUGACUGAGUAGACCAUGUAAAGAUAUUGAUCAUGAUACAGCUCUAAGUUUGGUGAACAUUUUCUGUCAACCUACAAAAUAACCAACAUAUAUAGACAGGCAAACAGGUUGCAGCAAACAUCCUCUUAUAGUCUAAUGUUUUGUGAUAGCCUUGUCUCAUGAAGUUUUUAAUCUUUAUUUAAUCUUAAUUCCUUAUUCCUAAAAUAUGCAAUCUGCAGGUUUACAUCGAGUCAUUUGAUAAAGCUGAAAAUGUUUCCAAUCCUAAGAAUUAUUAGUAAGGAUGAGUUGUUUUGAUAUUUUCUCUAUUUGAACUCAGGCUUCUAACCAGAUUUUCUCUCAGAAGAAUAAAGUGACUUUAUUCUUUUGCAA